GGGCAGUCUCAGGCUUCGAGGUUUUGAAGUGUUGGGGAACUGGAUGUUAAACAUGACUCCAGCAUCGAAGCAACUCAAGGCCCCUGUGCAGUGGUAAUUAUCUCCGAAAAUGAAACUCUACAAUCAACAUUUCAGGAAAACGGUUACCUUAUGUUGGAAGAACAGAGUUAAAGUAAAAUGUUUUGACACCUCAUUGCUGAAUCUCGGAGACAGCAGCAGCACUUCCUGGACAAGUUCAGAAGGUUACUAUCUGCAAACAGGAUCAUCAAGUGUCCACAAUACAAUUAUUACAGGAGCUGAGAUCUCAGUGACAACCCUGGUCCAUCCAGUCCGGAUAGUGAUUCUCCCACAGCUGGAUCACAGACAGCUCAGUGAAACAGACUGCUGUUUGUAUUGAGCUGCAAUCUUCAAUUACCGGUGACACUGGAUUGGAUCGUGUGACACCAUGAGUCAAGGAGAAACAGUGGUGAUAGAGCAGGCAACUUUGGGCCGUCCUUUCCAACUGGGAAUGCUGUACGACUGCCGAUCCGACUGUCUGAUCCCAGGGAUCACACUGUGGGAAUUAGAGAAAUUGCAACCUCAUGUACGCUCUCAGCGUAACACCGAGUUUCAUAUCAUUGCAUCUGACUCCACUGAUUCAAAAGCCUCUGCACUGAAUGUGGAUGGAUCAUUGAAAGCAAGUUUCUUGUGCGGUUUGGUGGAAGUGGCAGGAUCAGCGAAAUAUCUCAAUGACACAAAGAGAUCGAGGCAACAAGCCCGGGUGACCCUUCAGUACCGAGCAACAACCAGGUUUGAGCAGCUGACAAUGAGCCACUUGGGGCUGCAGAAUAUAACCUACCCGAAUGUGUUUGAUGAGGGGACAGCAACUCACGUGGUUACAGCAGUGCUGUACGGGGCUCAGGCUUUCUUUGUGUUUGAUCAAGAGAUCUCUGCAACAGAGAACCUACAGGACAUUCAGGGUCACCUGGAGGGGAUAGUUAAAAAGAUUCCAACUAUUGCAAUCGAGGGUCAGAUCUCCCUAGAAAUGACAGAGGAACAAAUAUCCAAUGCCCAGGAAUUCAGCUGCACAUUUCAUGGGGAUUUCUUCCUGGAAAACAAUCCUACCACAUUCCAAGAUGCUGUCAAAAUCUACACAACCCUCCCAAAGUUACUGGGAGAUGAUGGAGAGCACGCAGUGCCCAUGAGGGUCUGGCUCUACCCACUCAACAAACUGGACUCCAAAGCUGCUCAGCUGGUACGGGACAUAAGUAUUGGAUUGCUCAAUGACUGCCAGUCUGUGCUGGAGCAGCUCAGUGAGACAGUGAUCAGAUGUAAUGAUAUGAUGAGAGACAGUGUCACUGUUCAAUUUCCAGAAAUCAGGGACAAGAUACUGAAAUUCCGAGAGAUGUGUCGAGAAUACAGGCUGGUUUUCCAGAAAGCUUUAUCCAGUGUGUUACCAUCUAUCCGUGGAGGUGGGGAGGAGGAAGGGUCACUGGUGAAUAUUCUGAAGAACAAGGAACAGUCACCAUUCAAACACCAGGCACUGAGCAAAUGGCUGGAUGACAAGGAGCGGGAAAUGAAUGUGGUGAGAUCAUAUCUCAUGAUAUUGAAAGAUAUUCACACAGUGAAAUCAAGGAGUGAGUUGGAUCGUGAAGUAUUGGAUCCAGAGACAGAGAAUAUGGUCUGUCUCACAUUCACAUCACUGCAGCAAGAGGAUUUCUAUCUGUCAGAAGCAGACAGCUACCUACAGUCUCACACAGCUGCGAAAAUGCAGAUACCAGAUCCUGCUAACCAGGUCAGUGCAGAACAUCAUAACCAGCAGUGGUUUCACUCAGUAUCUGUAUCCCAGAAGAUGAGGGAGCUGUCUCGCUUAUUCCUGGAUUUUGCCACAGCGAACAGAGCACAAGGGAAAACCAAGUUCAUUGCUGCGUCUGUGCAGGAUGACAGUAAUGUGGGAGCAUCGAUUUACCUGUAUGAGGGAGGGUUUGUGGUGAAUCACUGCUUCACACCCCCAUCACAACCGGAGAGACCUGUGGUCAGUGGAACAUCACAUGACAGUGUGACUCUCCAAUUACAGCCACCGAGACACGGUGCUGGGGAGACUGUUGGGUACAGGGUGGAAUACCGAAACAUCCAACAGGAGGAAUGGAAAACUGUGGAUACUCCUGAUAAAUCUGAAUCCAUCACAAUUCCUGGGUUGCAGCCACAUCAGGAAUAUCGAUUCCAAUACAGAGCAGUGACCAAGGUUGGGGUCAGCAAGGCCAGUGAGAGUUCCCAGGUCACCACACGGCCUACAAGCCCACCUGGUAAACCUUUAACACUCAAGAUUUACUGGUGUGAUGUAUCACUCACCUGGGACAGGCCAACUGAGAUUGGAGCUGGUGUUAAUAUUGUUCAGUACAGGAUCGAAUAUAGAGAAGGAAAGGCAGGUCCCUCCAGCACAGAGAAUGCAUUGUGGGAGGAAAUAAAGACAACAGACAGUGAAUGUUGUUAUACUUUAAAGGGAUUGAAACCCAACACCUCCUACAGAGUGCGAGUGUCUGCUGACUGUGGAGAAGGAGGUUCGAGUGAACCAAGUGAGGAGGGUUUAAUACAAACAGAGAAUCAGCCAAAGAGACUGGCUGUGAAACUUCUCAGAGAAUGUACAUUAACAGCCAGGGGGACCCCUCCCAUUUACACACUGCCCUUACAGAAGAAGGUACUUGAUGUGGCUGGACACCUUGUAAAAUGCUCCUUUGGAAAACCCACUGGAAAACACAGUGUGAGGACAAUCAUAGUUCUUGGAGGAAAAGGAGCAGGAAAAACAACCUUCAUCAAUGGGAUGGUCAACUACAUCCUGGGUGUGGGAUGGGAGGACAACUUCAGAUACAAAUUAAUUGAUGAAGGGACAGGAAGAUCCCAGGCUGAAAGUCAGACAUCAUCAAUCACUGCCUAUGAACUGCACCAUCGAGUAGGAUUCCAGAUUGAUUACUCUGUCACUAUCAUCGACACUCCAGGAUUCGGAGAUACCAGGGGGAUAACCCGAGAUAAAUUGCUCACUGAUCAGAUCCGAGAGUUCUUCACUUCCCCAGAUGGUGUUGAUCAGAUCGAUGCCGUGUGUUUUGUUGCUCAGGCCUCUUUGGCUCAUCUGACCAAUACACAGAAAUAUGUCUUUGAUUCAAUUCUUUCCAUUUUUGGUAAAGAUAUUGCAGACAACAUCCGAAUCCUGGUGACAUUUGCUGAUGGGCAGGUUCCCCCUGUUCUGGAGGCCAUCAAUGUUGCUGAGAUACCGUGUCCCAAAGAUAAAAAAGGUUUCCCAGUUCAUUUCAAGUUCAACAAUUCAGCCAUAUUUGCUCAAAGACCAGCUCCUGGUAACUCUGUCAACAAGAGGGACCCUGAUGGUAGCAGUGAGGAGGAGGAAGAUAGCGAUACCUUUGAUGCAAUGUUCUGGAAGAUGGGAUCAAACAAUAUGAGGAAAUUCUUUUCAGCUCUGAGCAAAAUGGAAACAAAGAGCUUACAUUUGACAAAGGAGGUCCUGAGGGAGCGUCAGCAGCUGGAGGCUGCGAUAGAGGGAUUACAGCCACAAAUCCAAAUGGGUUUGACCAAACUGGAGGAGAUUAGGAAGACACAACAAGCUUUGAACCAACUCCAGCUCGAUCUGGAUGCAAAUAAAGAUUUUGAGUAUGAGGUAGAAAUCACAGUUCCGGUGAAGAUCAAUAUCAGUGGGACCGGUAAUUACAUCACCAACUGUCAGAAAUGCUUCAUCACCUGUCACUAUCCCUGUAGCAUUCCUAAUGAUGAUGGUAAAAUAGAAUGUUCAGCAAUGAACCAGCACGGAUACUGCACAGUCUGUCCAGGUAAAUGUAUCUGGUCUGUUCAUUUCAACCAAAAGUACAGAUUUGAAUAUGAAACCAAAAAGGAGAAAAUAACAUACGCAGGGCUGAAGGAAAAAUAUGAAAAGGCAUCUGGUGAAAAGGUAAAACAGCAGAAACUCAUGAAGAAGCUUCAGCAGGAGUUAGCGGAUGUGCAGGAUGUGGUGUUGGAGUUGAUUGAAACAUCGUCUCAGUGCAUUUUAAGACUUGAGGAAAUAGCUCUCAGACCAAACACAUUGUCAACCCCAGAAUACAUUGAUCUGCUGAUUCAAUCUGAGAAAGAGGUGGCAAAGCCUGGGUUCAGGGAGAGGAUCCAGUCACUGAAUACAGUCAAACAACAGGCUGAGCUCAUGGCAAAAAUAGCCAGGAACGAGGAGCUGUUACCAACCAAACACAAAGGCAAAGCUGCAGAUGCAAAGUAAGAUUGAAUGGGAAGAUUUCUGGCAUGUUCAAUUGAUUCCCAUCUUUAAAAUAAUUCACACCUUGGGCUGGAAUAAAUGAUGUCAGUAAUGAAAUGUCUAAUUAGUAAAUGAUGUCAUUCAGUUGUUUCGAAUGUCUGAAGCAAAUAGUUCCCUUUGUGAACAAAAGAAUUCCUCUCCAAUAAAAUAUUCCUAAUUCCUGUUCACUGAUUUACCCAACUCCAUCCAGUUGUAACCAAAACAGAAGCAGUUAUUGGUUCACUUCAUAUUGUUUCUGUGAUUUCUCCUGUUUGGAGAGUGAGAUGUUCUUUGGUAGAUCUCUGGUGACAUUGUAACAGGCAAUCGUGGUUUGAAAAUGCUUCAGUUAUUGACAUUGAAAACUGAGAAAUAACAUGAGGAGCAGAAUAUAAAGCCCAUCAAACCAACAAUGCCAUUCAAUGUGAUCAGCUUUAAUUAAACUUUCCUGUUCACUCCCCAGCUCAUGCAACUCUCAGAGGAACUCAAAUGUCUGUAUGUCAAUCUUAAAUGUAUUCAGUGAUGUCUCAUCCACAGGCCUCAGUGGUCAAGAAUUUCAAAGGUGCCGAACACUUUCAGUGAACAAAUUAAUAAUCAUUUCUGUCCUAAAUGAUUGUUCUCUUUUCCAGAAACUCUCUCCCAUGUUCUAGAUUUCCCAUCCAGUUGAAACAACCUCUCAAUGUCUAUUGUAAGUCCAUUCAAAAUCUUGAAUUCCCCUGUGGGUUUUUACUGCUUGGAGUCUGAAACCUGUGGCUGGAAUGUGGUUACCUGUGGACAGCUGUAGUUGUAGGUUUGGGUUCAUCUUGGUGGGUGGGUGGUCUAGUGGCCCCACCAUGCACCAUCCUUGCCCCCCACCUCCCAGCUAAUGAACAGCAUUUGGUGAAAACAUUGAAGGUGGAAGGGGCAUUGAAUGUAUUUUGGGUGGGACAUUUCAAUGCACACCACCAAGACUGACUGGGCAGCAGCACUACUGAUCAAGCUAGUCUCAUCCAAAAGGAUGCAACUGGUCGGCUGGGACUACAGCAGGGCAUGAGGAUAAAACAUAUUCAUCCCAUCUUUUGAUCAAGGAUUGAUUUGAAGUGAGCAGUGUUGGAUCCAGAGGCAGAGAAUGUGCUCUGCUUCACAUUUACAUCACUGCAUUCAGAGAAUUUUUAUCUGUCAGACGCAGACAGCUACCUGCAAUCUAUCUACCCACAAUCCAUCGACUUCCAGCUACUUCCUGCAGAUUUUGAUUCGAUUCUUUCCAUUUUCAGCAAAGAUAUUAGAGCGAGCAUCUCUUUGGGAAGUACAGAAGCAAUUCUGUGCUCAUGUACCUCCAGGCUUUCCAUUGUCAUGUGACCUCUACCAUGAGGCUCUUAUCGUAGGAUCCACCUUACAGUCAAUUGAAUAAAGACACAGUCGAGGCCAAACUGCUUCCUGUGGGCUCAUAACAACAUCCCAUUCCCAGUGACAGUCACAGAUGACCAGUACCCUCAAUGAGGACCUCAUCCAUGAUGCUGAGUGUCUGGAAGAUCAAAAACAAGAUAUUCCAUUUCACCUCAGUUUCAACAAUUUAGUUAAAUUCAGUCAAAGAUCAGCUGCUGGAAUCUCUGCUCACAACAGGAGUGCCAGUGUGACCAAUUCCAGUCAUUAACAUUUCCAAACUCAGGAAGAGUGUCAGUUGAUAUUUGGAAAUGAAUGGUAUCGCUGAGAUACCUCAUUGUGUCUCCAACUUGUAGAUUUGGCUUUUGUUGCUCUCCGUGAUGAGAUGCUGGGAUGUUGCCCAGGUAUUCUUGUGCAUGGAGAUACAUUCCUACUUUUUAAAGGUACCGAAAGGAAAAAGUGGGAAUGCAACAUUGCAAUAAAUGUUCAGCCAUGAUAAUAUUGAAUAGUACAGCAGGCUGGAAGGGCAGAAUGGCCACGUCCUGCUCCAAGUUUCCAUGUUGUUCAGAAUUGUGCUCACUAUUGUUAAUGUUGUGUUCUUUCUGGUGAUCCUGUUCAUCUUCACUCCCUGGAUAGUGACAUUUCUGCUAUUGUUGAUGGUCUUUUCCAUGUUCCCAGCUCUGGUGGAGGUUAAAUAUGGACUCAGUCUUUUCUUACUUGCUCACUAAUUUCACUCAAAAUUUUGCAUGAUCUUGCUACCUCAGCAUUAGUGACAGUUUUGCUUAACACCAGGCAUUUGUGACUGGUCCCUGUAUAAGUAUGGUUUAUCCAGAAACAGCGCAGUUCAGUUUGAGCAUAUUUGUUUAAAUGUAGUCCUCCUCCUUCUUCUACUCCAGUGAAUUGUUGUCCAUCUUCCUCCUGGUCACCUGGAGAAUGUAGUUAGAUUAAAGAGUGAUCUUACACCUUCUUCCAUUCAACAACUCCACAGUUGGCUUAUUUUAUUCAAUCACUGGAUGAGGAUGUCUCUAGCUAGGUCUACAUUUAUUGCCCAUCCCUAAUUGCCCAGAGAAUAGUUAGGAGUCAACCAUAUUGGUGUGGGUCCAGGGUCAAAUGGAGGCCAGACCAGGCAAGGAUGGCAGAUUCUUUCCAUAGAGGACAUUAGUGAACCAGAUGUUUUUUCUGACAAUUGACAAUAGAUUCACGGUCAACAUUAGACUCUGAAUUCCAAAUAUUUAUUGAAUUCAAAUCCCACCAACUGCCAAGAUGGGAUUUGAACCUGGGUCCUCACAGUAUUGCCUGGGCGGCACGGUGGCACAGUGGUUAGCACUGCUGCCUCACAGCACCUGAGACCCGGGUUCAAUUCCCGACUCAGGUGACUGACUGUGUGGAGUUUGCACGUUCUCCCCGUGUCUGCGUGGGUUUCCUCCGGGUGCUCCGGUUUCCUCCCACAGUCCAAAGAUGUGCGGGUCAGGUGAAUUGGCCAUGCUAAAUUGCCCGUAGUGUUAGGUAAGGGGUAAAUGUAGGGGUAUGGGUGGGUUUCGCUUCGGCGGGUCGGUGUGGACUUGUUGGGCCGAAGGGCCUGUUUCCACACUGUAAGUCUAAAAAAAAAAUUAACAGUCUAGUGAUAAUACCAAUGGGCCAUCACCUCCUCUUGGCUCUGUGCAAGUUUUGAGAGGUGAGGAUAAAAGUGAAUAUAAGGUAAAGUUUGGGUCUCCCUUUGUCUCAGCAUUUCACAGGGGAUUCUGUUGAUCAUCUGAUCACAUCUUGAUGUGAAGGUAAUGAUGUUUAACCCAUACUAUUCAGUGAAAUCCUUCAACUUUGUGAUUGGGAAUUGGAUAUCAUUCUCUGAUAUUAAUCUUUCAGCAAUCUCUUGCUAAGCAAGCCCCUAAAAUUGUUUUACUGAGAUCAUUGCUGUGAGUCUUAUACCUAUUCCAUCAAAGGGUUAAACUUGAAGUAGCCAUCCUGAAUUAUGAGCUAUGAUUCUUGAUUGUGUGUGAACAAACCAGCUCCCACAGCGUGCCAUGAUCUGGAUGGUACGUCAGCAUCUAUCAUCCUCUCUUUCUAUUGGCUGUUUCUCUCAUCCUGAUGUACAUUGCAUGGAGACACUAUAUUUUCAAUGUCUUUGUAGAUGCCUGUCCAGUACACAACUUUAUGACUCUGAGCUUCCACUUCUCCAUUCCAAGUGAUCUUGAUGUAUUGUGUUGGGCUCAAUUAUUCUGGAUCCAGUCAGUGGGAACCCCAUUUUUCACUGAGCUGUCAUUUUUUUUUAAGAAUUAAAAUCCCUAGAGUGUGGAAGCAGGCCCUUCAGCCCACAAGUCGACACCGACCCUCCGGAGAGUAACCCACCCAGACCCAUUCCCCUCCAUUUACCCCUGAUUAAUGUACCUACCCUCUAUAUCCCUGAACAUUACGGACAAUUUAGCAUGGCCAAUUCACCUAACAUGCACAUCUUUGGAUUAUGGGAGGAAACUGGAGCACCCAGAGGAAACCCACGCAAAUACCGGGAGAAUGUGCAAGCUCCAUGCAGUUGCCUGAGGCUGGAAUCGAACGUGGGACCAUGGCGCUGUGAGGCAGCAGUGCUAACCACUGAGUCACUGUGCUGCAGCUGUACUGCUGGCUGUGAUUGCUGGCCCUGACCAGGUGAUCUCUGGAUCUCUUGCUCAGGAAGGAUUUGUAACUCCUUGACUUUGUCGGUCUCAUCUCUAAUCUGAUUCUAAUCUGAUUCAGGUUCAGGGCAGUGUCACCUUCACAAAGUGAUGAUUUUCUCUUCCAUGUUUUACCUGGAGCAACAACUGAGAACCAGGAAUGUGCCAACUCCAUUUCUAUUCCUGGCCUUGUAUUUCAGAUUGGAAUUGUAACUCUGAGACCUCAAGAAUAACAUCAGGCAUCUUGCAGCUGCUUUUUUGUGGGUUUGCUUCAUUCAUCACUCUCCACGAUGAACUUCCUUACAGGGACAUCAACAUGGAAAUCCUUCGGCCCAUGAAAGUGUUCCUUUCUUUUGGAGUACCUGAGGACGGAGCUUUGGAUGUCAAUGCUGUUGUCUUUCCCCUUUGUAUCACUCCCUAUCUCCUUGGUAUAAGCAUCUCUUUGGAGAGGGACAGUUUUCUUUCUGUUGUUGUAUAAUAGACAGAACUCCUGGCAGAUUACCUUCUGGAGUUUCUUUGCACUUCUGUCAGGCAGCUCUGACAAAUAGCAUACAACACCUCCCACAGGUUUGCUGUGUGUUCUGACACAUUUAAUAUGAAGGUGCUUGUGUAUUGAGUCAAGUCAAGGAAGCAUCUCGGCUCUCUUACCGUUGCUAGUGCCUAACAGGAAACCACUGAAUGGCAGUCUGUGCUUUGGUUUAAAUGUUUUGAAUGCCUCUAAGAUAUAAUCAGCUUCCUAAUUCAUUGUGAGCUCCAGCAGUACAUUCAUCAUUCUGUCAGCCUGUGUUUCUGUUUUUUCAUUUCUGCACAAUUCAAGAUGCUUUCCUUCUGGCACGAAUGUGGGUUGAUUUUCCAAACCAGUGGUAUUGUUAAUUUAAAGUGGUUUCGGCUUGGUCAUAGAUGCUCACUGCCACCAAACGAUGCAUUCUGGUUUUGUUUGUUUCUCAAAUGUUCGAAACAAUCAACUCUGAAACUUGCAAAGAUGGGACUUUUUGUGUGUAAUAUUUGCCAUUUAGCUUGGUUCUCCAGCAUGUUAUAUGGUCCUUUCAUGCAGCCUGGAACACUUAGGCACUUGUUGGUUUCUGGUAAAUUAGUUGUUUGCCCUUUUCCUGUAAUGGAACAAUAAUUAACACAAGGACUGCUUCAGCAAGAGGCAGAUGAUUUAAAUAUGGCAUUUACAUUUGUGUUCAAUUUUUGUUAUAAUUAUGUGGUACCAUUUCAUUGAUUCAGAAUUCUUUGCUUCAAAUAAUUAUUUCAGAUGCUGUUGCUUGCAUUCAAUAAUAGUCAAUAAUUUUUCUAAGGUUUCAUUCUGAAUUUCCUCUACAAUAAAAAAAAGUGUACAUGACUGUCAACCAUGUCGAAGAUUUUCAACAAGUGUUUCCAUAUUCCAUGAAGAAUUGUAUUUCAUCAAGUGAUUUGCUGUGAAACUGUAAAAUUUUAAUCAGCUAUCAUCUGCUUAUGAAGAAAACUUCACCUGCCUUGAUCUGAUGAAGGAGUAGUACUCCAAAACCUUGUGAUUCAAGUAAACCUGUUGGAUUAUAACCGAGUCUCAUGUGACUUCUGACCUUAUCAAUAAAACAAAUGACUUAAUAAAGUUUGGUGUAAUUUUCACUUCGAUUUAACUGCCUGUACAAAGCUGCAGUUUACAGUCACUGACUGGAGAUUGGGUGUCUCACAUUAACAUGUGAAGUAACAUAUGAAUACAUUUGCAAAUCAUUAAUGUACGCUAUGUGUAGCAAAGGGCCAGCACUGAACCCUGCAGUGCACUGCUGAAGACAAGCUUCAUACACAAAUCCAAUCAUCAAACUUUUUUACCAAGCAUUUACUUCCUGUCACAAAGCCAAGUCCACGUUUGGCUCCAAUUUGCCCUGUAGCUUCCCUUACCUUGAGGAUCUAACAUUUGAAUUUAAGCAACAAAAAUAUGUCAAUUUUUAUCAUAACAAAAUGGUUUCUCGAUUUAAAAGAAGACUAUAAAAUGGUCUGUGAACCAUACUGCUGAACAUACUGCUGAUUUGCAGAAUUAAGUUGCAGUUAAAAGAUAAGAGGACAAUAGAGUUUUCAUAAGAAGAAUACUGACACAUUAAUUGACCAUUUGAACUAACUUUGAACUGAUACAUGGCAUGACAAUUUACAUAAAUAAGAUAUCCUUCUGAAAGAAAAUACCAUUGGAUUCGCCUGUCUGCAAUCACAUCACCAUAUCACAGUUGAUUGGACUUUUUUGUAACUAAGACCCCUUUCCCAGGAAAUAUCAUUGGAUUAACUUGUUGUAAAUCAUGUCACCUCAUUAUAUGUGAUUGGUAUUUCUUGUGAUUUAGGCUGUACUAUUAUUAAAAAAAAUGUGUAAUUUUCAAAUGUAAUUGCGCAGCUUUACCAAGGAACACAGAAGCUUCAAUCUCUGUGUUGCUGGAUA